GGCGCUAUGCGCGUGGCGCUGCUUGCUGCCGUGCUCGCGCUGCUAGCGACUUCCGGCGCGCGGAGGCUCCGCGUGCUGAAUGGAGAUGCUCGCCCUACAUUUUACGUGGGCAUCGCCGCGCCACCAUCGGCCGCCGCCGCCGUGGGCGCUUUCAACCGCACCCUGGCGGAAUUGUCCCACAAAUUCCUCGCUGGCAACUACUUGCACAAUGUGUCUUUGCUGCCGCUGUAUAUCGAAUUACCGGAAGAUGAAAGAUUCAGUGCGCGAGUGUUGGAGCAGAUGUGUUCGGCGUUCGAAGGGCGACGCGUGGCAUCGCUCUUCGUCUGCAGUGGUGGACCUGUGGCCACUGCUCUCGUCAGUGCAGCUACCCACGCGGGAGUCCCGACCGUCCGCACUUCUCCUAAACACUUGCAUUUACCUUACACCAUUGCUAAUGAAAUGCUGCCGUUGGAGAUUCGUCUUGAAAUAACGAUAAGGGAAACAUUGCAGGCACUCAGGGCGACUCUUCUACACACACAUUGGCAUGCUUUCACGCUACUGACACAACAGGAUAUAUACUUAGCCCUCUCCCUAAGGAAAGAUCUGUCUUCGAUCCUCAACACUCCACCGCUUAAUCCUAAAUGGCUUCCUCUUCCUCCGAGCAGAUCACGCCGUAUUGUUUUCAGGCGUCUAGCUGAUAUAUCAAGGCUGACUCGAGGUGUCGUCGUUAUGAUAUGUGACGUGAAAUAUGCCAAGCUCGUCAUGAAGGAAGCCAAGCGGCUCAACAUGCUUGAUGGACACUUUUUUUGGUUAUGGAUUGAUGCUUCAAGGGAAUACGCUGUCUUUCAUAAUAUUUCCAACGGAACAUAUGAAGAACCAUCGUCAUAUUCUGAAUCAGACAAUUUUGAUGAUGGUAUGAUUGAUGUUGACCGCUUGGAACGCAUUAAGAAAGAUUUUACUGACAAUAAUACAACUAUAAAAGAAACAAAAAUUGCCAAUACAGCUCUGAAAAAAAUAUCACGAGAAACGCUCACAAAAGAUUUUGGAUCUAAUCUAAUGAAUAAGUCUAGAAAUUCACUUAUUCGUCGUAUUAUUAGGAAUAUUAAUAAGACAGAGACGCACAUUAUUAGUAAUAAAUCAUUAUUUGUAAAUUUUAGUCAAUCGUAUGAAAGUAGCAAUAUUAGUUUGGAAAGUGUUAGAAAUUAUAAUGUAAAUAACAAAGGCGUUGAAACUUCUAAAAUUGCAAAUGAUUUAGUAGAAAGGACGAGUAAUGCGUUCCUUGAUCGAAAUAAAAGUAGGCAGACUAGUUCUAGUAAAUUGAAAAAUGAAUCAUUUAAUAAAUAUGUAAAUAGUAUAAGUGUGCGCGAUUCGUAUGAGAGUAAUGAUGUAUUGAAAAGUGCAGAAACCAGUAGGGAAGACCUAAUAAAUAGAUUAUCGUUUUCAAGUGAUAUUAGUGAUUUCAUAAUGAAUCCCACGGUGCAUACUUCUACAAUGAGUAAUAUUAAAAAUAUGGCUAAGAAGAGAAUUGAUCCUGUAGUAGAUGAUCAGAUCAUGGAUGACCCUAUGCCUAGAGGAAAAGAUGAUGUAUCGCAGAUAUUAAACCACUUACCAGUAGGACUGUUAGCGUUACAUCCCGAGCCCAUGACGAUUGAUAAGGUAUUUGUACGGGCUACAGUACGCAUUAUGGUGGGUGCUUUGCGACAAGUGCUAAGAGCAUGUGAUGCGUGGUCUGCCCAGGCUCAAUUUUUAAGUGAUGCCACUGCCUCUUGUUGGGAAGAAACGAGUGAUGCUGCUUCUGGAUUUUCGAUGGAACUAGUGAGGGAAAUGCGAAUAGCUACCUCCGCUGCUCUCGCCGGCGUUAUGGAACGCCAGGAACGAUCUUUGAUGGCACAAUUUUCCUUCCUAAAUUUAGUGCCGGGUAUAGACGGCAAUAUGUGGCGACAAGUUGGUCAUAUCAACGGCCGUUCAGUAAGACUUCAUACAAUCGUAUGGCCCGGUGGACGAUUAGUGGCUCAAGGUCAGUCAACUGGGGCCAGAACCGUAUUUCGUGUUGUAACAGCUCUUGCACCGCCUUUCGUUAUGGAAGGAGAACUGGAUGAAGAUGGACAGUGUCUGAGGGGGCUACCUUGUCAUCGGCCACAAACUUCCGAUCGUGACAACCUGACUCUUGCUUUUGUACCUGGUAGGGAUGAACAGAGAGAAGACUUCUUUCUCCCUACAACACAACCAAACACGUUGACGAAGAUGGCCACGCAUUGUUGUUACGGAUUUGCUAUGGAUCUCCUAGAAAAUAUAGCACAAGAGUUAGAAUUCGAUUUUCAUUUAUAUAUCGUUGAGGAUGGGUUGUACGGUUCGAGAAGAUUCCUAAAGCCGUUUAAAAGGCUGUAUGAAAAUGUGAAUAUCGUCAAUGAAUACGUUGCGAACGGGGAGAAUUAUCGCUCACAGUAUCGGAAAGGAUACGAAAGGUUGGAUAAUGACAUGUUGAAUACAUUUGACGAAGAUUUAGAGGAGAAUCGCGAAAAAUGGGAUGGCGUUAUCGGGGAUUUAGUGUCUGGUGCCGCCCACAUGUCAUUCGCCGCUCUUAGCGUGUCAUCCGCUCGAGCCGAGGUAGUGGACUUCAGCCAGCCGUAUUUUUUUAGUGGAAUAUCAAUUUUAGCAGCGCCCAACCAACGAGCUGAUAUACCAUUGCUAGCAUUUUUAUUACCAUUCUCACCGGAAUUGUGGGUUGCAAUUUUCACGUCACUAAAUAUCACUGCUAUUGCCGUGGCGAUAUAUGAAUGGUUGUCUCCCUUCGGAUUAAAUCCGUGGGGGCGUCAGAGGUCCAAAAAUUUCAGCAUUUCCAGUGCACUGUGGGUGAUGUGGGGAUUGCUGUGCGGCCAUUUAGUUGCUUUCAAAGCCCCAAAGAGCUGGCCAAAUAAGUUUUUAAUAAAUGUUUGGGGUGGAUUCUCUGUUAUAUUCGUGGCCAGUUACACGGCCAAUAUAGCAGCACUUAUUGCUGGAUUAUUUUUUCAUAACGCAGUCGACGAAUUUCAAGGUCGAAGUAAUUGGUUAACAUUGAGAGUAGGCACACCGAGAUCAUCUGCAGCAGAAUAUUAUGUGCAAAGAAACAAUCCCGAAUUAGCUCAGCAAAUGCGCCGAUACGGCCUUCAAGAUAUUGAGGAAGGAAUUAGUCGAUUAAGGAAUGGAACUUUAGACCUUCUUAUCGCUGAUACACCGGUGUUGGAUUACUAUCGAGCAACGGACCAUGGAUGCAAGCUGCAGCGAGUUGGAGAUCACUCCCUCACCGAUGACACUUAUGCUAUUGGAAUGGCAAAAGGAUUUCCGUUAAAGGACAGUAUAUCAGCGGUUAUUGCAAAAUAUUCGUCGAAUGGGUAUAUGGAUAUCUUAACUGAGAAAUGGUAUGGCGCCCUACCCUGUUUCAAACUCAGCCCAGACUAUGGUAUUCAACCGAAGCCACUUGGGGUUGCGGCUGUUGCGGGUGUGUUUAUUCUUCUGGGAGUGGGCAUGAUCGUCGGUUGUUUAAUAUUGAUAUUAGAACACCUCUUUUAUAAAUAUACCCUGCCGAUAUUACGUCACAAGCCCAAGGGAACGGUUUGGAGGAGCAGAAAUAUUAUGUUUUUCAGUCAGAAACUCUACAGAUUCAUAAACUGUGUUGAAUUGGUGUCUCCACAUCACGCAGCUAGAGAACUCGUGAACACCAUUCGUCAAGGGCACUUUACGUCGCUAUUUCAAAAAAGUGUAAAGAGGAAGGAACACGAACAGCGCAGGCGAAGAAAAAGUAAAGCACAAUUCUUUGAAAUGAUACAAGAAAUCAGACGGGUUCAACAAGGGAGAGACCAUUCGUUAGAUUCGAUAAAAGAAAACGUUGCCAUCGAAACAUCGGAAAUAUCUGAAGAAAUAACGGAAUCGAAAUUUCUAUCGCCAUCACCCGAUGUUUCAAGUCGUUCGCCCCGUCAAAGUAGGUCACCUAGACAACUGCGUUCACCCCGAAGUCGAAGAAAAAGAUCCAGUAGCGGAUUGAAUGUCAGACGAUUUAGCACAGACUCGGUACUUGGUUCGGAUUCAGCCUCAAUAUAUGAGCGUACCAGUCUGAACAUAGGUAGACGUUUGAGCCGUGAAGUUAGCUGCUUAACAAACUCUCCUCCGGACAUUAACACUAGACUCAGAUCACCAUCACCUAUGGUACGGCGAGCUGAAGGCUCCACCAGGUCAUAUCAGGACGUCUCAAACCAGAACUAUCUGUCAAUAGAUGUUCCAAGCCAUCGCGCUAGCAUAGAAAUUAUGGUUUCGCAAGAUGUUCCACCGGCACCACCGUACCCGAAGGUGAGUGGCAAAUCUGAACUGUCGUUAUUAUCUGAAGAUGAGUUGUUAAGGUUAUGGCGAAGCUCAGAUAGAGAGGUAAAGGAGGCCCUGCUGGCAGCGUUACAAGAGAAACGAACAAACCUGGACCCAAAAUUGGACCCUGGCUGAACGUUAAACGGUGAUGUUCUGGGAAAGAAAUCAUUUUUUGGAAUCGUCCGUCGAGCGAUGCCAGUCGAGACGAGUAGAGAUGUGCCUUUUAAAUUGUUUGAUGCGGACAAAUAUUCAAUCAGUGUUCAUUUUAGUGUCUUGUGAAUGCCUUAAAGUUUUAACUAUUCGGCAUCAAAUAAUUUAAUAGGCUUUUAAAAUUUUAACGUCCAUUUUAUUUGAUAAGGUAGCGUGAUACGCAUUAGCACUAGCUAAGACCAUACUCAAAAGUGCUUUAUUUAUUUUAUUAGAAGAAAAUUAAUCAUUACAAUUAAAGAACUUAUUCCAUAUGUAUAGUGGAUAUUUGAAAUAAUCAUUAAUAUAAGUUUGAAAUUAUUUAUAUGUAAGUAAACGUGUGUGUAAAAUUUAAAAUAUUGUUAGAUUAAAAGUAUUGUAAUGAUCAAAACGAAUAGUUUCUGGAACCCCUAAACGAGACUUAUGUAUGUAGUAAAAUACUGCCAAUUUAUAUUUUAGGUAUACAUAAGGUCCAUAAAGUUAAAAUAUCCUAGCGUAUUGUAAUCUCUUACAUAAUUUAAAAUAAAAUCCGCGGAUAAACUUGGGAGGACAAUUGUAAAAUUGCAUAACAAAUGAACCUCCAUUUGCAAUCUGUCCUCUGUUAUCCCAAUAGUGCAAGACUAUUUGCACCGUCCCAUAUAAUUUCAUAAUUGUGAAGGGCCUUGCAAAACACGCGGACAGUUUUAAUUUUAAAGUUGGUCCUUUUAAAUACGGACCAAAUUAUUUGUCGAUUACUCUUAAAUUUCUCGGAUGGAAUUCAUCUAGUGAUAUUAAAAGUCUUAUGCAUUUCACAUUAAAAUAGAAUCGUAGUUAUAGAAAAUGUAAGUAUAAUAGAUAUUUUCCUCUCUCUGAACUUCAUAUUUUUGAAAGUAAUAGAUCCAAAUAUUUUUAAAACUUAAACAAAUGUGUAUUACAUUGAUAAUCUCUGCUUUGUUUACGUUUUUGUGUCAAAUUAUUGUAAAUAGAUAUGUUAUGUUCAGGUUUACAUUUAGUUUAUUAUGAUAUUCACUAAACAACAAUUAAUAUAAUAUGAUGGA